AUGAGUUUGGGUGCUGGAGGCUGGUGUCCAUCAGAAAGUAAUCAUUACCAGUGGUUGCAAGUUGAUUUUGGCAAUAGGAAACAGAUCAGCUCAAUUGCUACUCAAGGCAGAUAUAGUAGUUCUGACUGGGUAACUCAGUACCGAAUGCUUUACAGUGAUACAGGGAGAAAUUGGAAGCCAUAUCACCAAGAUGGAAAUGUUUGGGCAUUUCCUGGAAAUGUAAAUUCUGACUCUGUGGUACGACAUGAUUUACAGCAUGCAGUUAUUGCCCGCUACAUUCGAAUACUUCCUCUGGAAUGGAGUGGAGAGGGUCAAAUUGGAUUGAGGAUUGAGAUCUAUGGCUGUCCUUAUUGGGCUGAUGUUAUCAAUUUUGAUGGCCAUGCUGUAUUACCAUACAGAUUUGGACACAAGAAGAAAACACUGAAAACACUGAAAGAUGUCAUCGCUUUGAAAUUUAAAACAAUUGAAAGUGAAGGUGUACUAUUCCAUGGAGAAGGCCAACAAGGAGAUUAUAUCACCCUAGAAUUGAAAAAAGCCAAACUGGUUCUUAACUUAAAUUUAGGUAGCAACCAGUAUGGUUCAAUCUAUGGACACACAUCUGUGACCACAGGUAGCCUUUUGGAUGAUCACCAUUGGCAUUCUGUUUUAAUAGAGCGUCAUGGUAGAAACAUCAAUCUCACCCUUGAUCGGCAUUUGCAGCAAUUUCGGAUCAAUGGGGAAUUUGACUACUUGGAUCUGGACUACGAGAUAACAUUUGGAGGUAUGCCUUUUUCUGGGAAGCCGAGUUCAAACAGCAGAAAAAAUUUCAAAGGCUGCUUGGAAAGCAUAAUCUACAAUACCAACAAUAUCACAGAUAUGGCCAGAAGGAAGAAGUUGGAACCUUCUACUGGGGGGAAUUUAAGCUUUUCCUGUGUGGAGCCUCAUACAGUGCCAGUAUUUUUUAAUGCUACUAGUUUCCUGGAAGUGCCUGGCCAUUCAAAUCGUGAAUUAUUCUCAGUCAGCUUUCAAUUUCGGACAUGGAAUCCAAAUGGAGUUUUGUUGUUCAGCAAUUUUGCUGAAGGAUUGGGUAGCAUUCAGAUUGACUUGACUGAGGGAAAAAUCAAUGUCCGUAUCAAUGUUACUGGAGUGAAGAAGAAUAAAAUCAACAUAUCUUCAGGUGCAGGACUCUCUGAUGGACAAUGGCACGAGGUUCGAUUCUUAGCUAAAGAAAAUUUUGCAGUUCUCACCAUUGAUGGUGAUGAAUCUUCUUCUGUUCGGAGUAACAGUCCUCUGAAAGUUUUGACAGGAGAAAAAUAUCUGUUUGGAGGUUUUCUUCAGCGGUCAUUCCAGGGCUGCAUGCAGUUUAUUCAUGUGGAUGAUCAAUUGGUGGAUUUACAUGCAAUAGAGCGAAGAAAGUUGGGAGGUUUUGCCAAUAUCAGCAUCGAUAUGUGUGCCAUUAUUGAUCGGUGUGUGCCCAAUCACUGUGAGCAUGGAGGGAAGUGUACCCAAACAUGGGAUAGCUUCAGUUGCACCUGUGAUGGAACUGGAUACAGUGGAGCCACAUGCCAUAACUCUCUUUACGAACUCUCCUGUGAAGCAUAUAAACAUUUGGGCAAAACAACAGGUUCUUACUGGAUAGAUCCAGAUGGCAGUGGUGCACUGGGACCUUUGAAAGUUUACUGCAAUAUGACAGAGGACAAAGUAUGGACUACUGUGAAUCAUGACUUACAAGAGCAUUUUCCAGUGGUAAGCAACAGACCAGAGAAGCAUGCUGUGCUACAGCUUAAUUACAGUGCCACCAUGGAUCAAAUCUCAGCCAUCACUGGUAGUGCUGAGUAUUGUGAACAGUUCAUCUCCUAUGUCUGUAAACUGUCACGGCUGCUGAACACCCCAGAUGGCAAUCCAUAUACCUGGUGGAUCGGACGUGCCAAUGAAAAGCAGUAUUACUGGGGUGGCUCUGGACCAGGCAUUCAGAAAUGUGCCUGUGGCAUUGAACGUAACUGUACUGAUUCAAAGUACAAUUGCAAUUGUGAUGCUGAUUCGAAACAAGAGAGAAAAGAUGCUGGUCUUUUAUCUUAUAAGGACCAUUUACCUAUCAGUCAAGUGGUGGUUGGAGAUAUUGGUCGCCCAGGCUCUGAUGCCAAGUUAACUGUGGGUGCUCUGCGUUGCCAUGGAGACCAGAAUUAUUGGAAUGCUGCAUCAUUUGUUACUCGAUCUUCAUAUCUCCACUUCUCCACCUUUCAAGGAGAGACUAGUGCUGACAUUUCAUUCUACUUCAAAACAUCAGCCCCUGAUGGAGUCUUCCUUGAGAAUCGGGGGAAUUCAGAUUUCAUCAAACUUGAGUUAAAAUCUGCCACAGAUGUAUCUUUCUCAUUUAAUGUUGGAAACGGCCCAGUAGAAAUUAUUGUCAAGUCACCACAUCCGCUCACAGAUGAUCAAUGGCAUCGAGUGACUGCAGAGCGCAAUGUCAAAGAAGCCAGCCUGCAAGUAGAUCAGUUCCCUAGAGAAAUCCGGAAGGCUCCCACUGAAGGCCACACUCGACUAGAACUCUAUAGUCAACUCUAUGUUGGUGCUGCAGGUGAACAGAAAGGAUUUUUGGGUUGCAUUCGCUCUUUAAGAAUGAAUGGAUUGACUCUGGAUUUAGAAGAAAGAGCAAAAGUCACCCCAGGUGUGAAACCUGGUUGUUCUGGCCAUUGCACAAGCUAUGGAAUACAUUGCAAAAAUGGUGGCAAAUGUGUUGAAAAAUAUAAUGGAUACUCAUGUGACUGCUCCCAGACAGCUUAUGAUGGUCCUUUCUGCAGUAAAGAUGUUGGAGCCUUUUUUGAAGAAGGAAUGUGGCUCCGGUAUAAUUUUUCCUCUGUAGGAAAUAAUGUGAAGGAUUCAGGGAGCAGAACUCUCUUGAGCUCCAAAGAAUCAGAGAAUUUUGUGUCAGACCUCAAUCUCAAUAAAGAAGAAAUCAAUUUUAGCUUCAGCACUAGCAAAGCUCCUUGUAUCCUGCUGUACAUCAGUUCUUAUUCUCAGGACUACAUGGCAGUGUUAAUUAAUCUAGCUGGAAAUUUACAGGUUCGAUACAAACUUGGAGGUGCUAAAGAACCAUAUAACAUCAAUGUAGACCACAGGAAUGUGUCAAAUGGACAGCCACACAGUGUGAAUAUCACACGGGUAGGAAAAGACAUAGUCCUCCAGCUGGACCUUUAUCCCCCAAUAAGCUACACUAUACCAGGAUCAUCAAGCCUUCAGUUCAGCUCACUGAAGUCACUCUUUCUAGGAAAAGUAAUAGAACUCGGAAAGAUUGAUCAAGACAUCCAUAAAUAUAACACACCAGGAUUUUCGGGUUGCUUGUCACGUGUACAGUUCAACCAGAUUACUCCACUCAAGGCAGCCUUGAGACAGACCAAUAUCUCCUCUCACAUUUACACAGAAGGAGAACUUGUAGAAUCCAAUUGCGGAGCAAAUCCACAAACCAUCCAACCAAUGUCUUCGGCAACAGACCCUUGGCAUCCAGAUUCAGGUGCUGAUCUUCCUUACAAUGGUCAAGUAAUAGGAAAUGGUGUUAACAGAAAUUCAGCAAUUAUUGGAGGUAUUAUUGCUGUUGUGAUCUUCACCAUUCUCUGCACCCUGGUGUUCCUCAUUCGAUACAUGUUCCGCCACAAGGGAACCUACCAUACCAAUGAAGCCAAGGGGGCAGAAUCUGCUGAGAGUGCAGAUGCCGCUAUUAUGAACAAUGAUCCCAAUUUUACAGAAACCAUUGAUGAGAGCAAAAAAGAGUGGCUUAUCUAAAAUGAAAUGGGAGGAGUAAACAGUAGGGGUUGGGGUGGGAUUGCAGAACAUUUUUUUUCCAACAAGCUCUCUAAUGGACUCUUGAGCACAUCUAAUUUUAAAAAAGAGAAGAUCAGCACAACUCAAGGUGCAAGUGACAGACAAACAUUGAGAUUACAAGCCCAAACAAAUAGAAAAGAAUAUUGGUUUAUCAUGAAUUGCCCUUUUUAUACACAUCUAAUCCAAGAAAAUAAUCCAAGCAGUUCAGUAAUUUAAGCAGUUCAACAUUGCCAGUAAAUAUUGUUGUCUAUCUGUGCUUACAGGUGUUUAAAAAUACCUACAGGGAUCACUUUUCAUUUUUUAAAUCCCUUUAGAAUAUAAAUAUUUCUUUCCAGACAAUAUCUGUUUCUGAAGCCUAGGAGCAUUCUUGUCUAGCCUUUUAGCAUCAUGUUCUAAAAAGGAUGUGAUAAUAGUUAAAACAUACAUUGUCAUUUGAUUUGAUUUGAACAUUAAAGGUAUCAGACUGCAGGGUACUUUCAAAUGGCUUUAUAGUCAUUUUACCCACUCUGGAAAAUUCUCAGAAUUCUCUGUAAUUGUUUGAAAAAGCCAGGAAUCCUAAGUGUAUCUUUUCUAUUGGUGUAAACAUGUCAGUCACUUUUCUUAUCUGAAAUCACAUACAAAAUGUCCAUAAUCAGCAUUGCUCCAAUUUCUGAGAAUGAGAAUAUUGGGGUUUCACGAAAAGUUUUUGUCCCACAGAAUAUUUAACAUUGCUGAAUUACAAAUUUCACAGAAAAUGGCACAUUUCAGCGGCAGUUAGUCUGUGGGGCGCAUUCACCGAAUUAUUCUCUUUACAAGAAGCCAUAACUAUGAAAUUAUCUUAAAAACCUACUUAUAAUAAAUGGUCCCUCAGAAAGCAAGAACUCAGGCUUUAAGAUAUGCCUGGAUAAAACCAGAUUAAUGUGUUUUUGAUAGGCCAUUAAUCUGUUAGCACUUUGAAAUCUCCAUUUGAUUUGGGUGUAUCAUAAUAUUGUGAAGUUUUAUCAAUAAUACAGACCUGCGUUGUUUUCAUUCUUGUUGUCAGAAAGGCAGACUUUAAUGCAUAAAAAGCCUUAUUAAGUUUCUUGCUGAAACUCUUACAACUCCGUUGACCUGACAUCACCAUGUAACAUUUCUUCCACUUGUGACAUAACUGAUUUAUAUAGAUACAUAGAUACAUACUAGGGCCAUGAUGGCGAACCUAUCACACGUGUGCC